GGCCUCCCUGGGGCCGGGGAAUGAGGCUGGGAGACCCAGGAGUCUUGGCUUUUUACCUUGAGGUGACCUGUGGAGAAGCAGCAGGACAUGCUGGGCCACAAAUGGGGCCGGUCUUUCCUGAUUGUGUUGCCUUAGUUUCCCUGAGGAGAUGCAGCUUGAGGGAGAUUCUGGGUGACCUAGUUUCUCGGGGGCAGGGACAGGAGCAAGACCUGGACCGUGGGCAUGUCUGGUCCUCUUUCCCAGUCCUGAUGCAGCUCUUGGGCUGGCAGGGCCUUCUGAGUCCCUGUUCUGACAGGCUUGGGGGCACAAGAACAGUCUCAAGGUGGAUCCCCUGCCGCCUUGCCCUGCGGUGGGGGGGCGGUGGUCUCUGUGGGAAUGGCAGCCAAGAGUUAACAGUGUCCAAUUCGUGGAGGGGGCGGGACCCAGUGCAGUCCUGGCCCCUCCCUGGACCAGGGCUUCAAAUACUCACGGAGCUGGGGCGCCAGAGCUGCUGCUAGACCAAGCCCUUGCAGUCUGUUCCGUGCAGCAGACACACCCCCAGCUGGGACCUCUGACUUCUACUGGGACCCAGAUCCUAAGCCUCUGACACAGCCAAUCCACAUCCCUCAGCCUGCCUGCUUUGCGCCAUGGGCGGGCCCCUGGCCUUACUGGCCGCGCUCUGGGCGCUAGGGGCUGCUGGAGACGCGGCGCUGCGCAUCGGAGCUUUCAACAUCCGGAGCUUUGGCGACAGCAAAGUGUCGGACCCGGCCUGCAGCGGCAUCAUCGCGCAAAUCCUGGCUGGCUAUGACAUCACGCUGGUACAGGAGGUGCGGGACUCCGACCUGAGCGCCGUAUCCGUGCUCAUGGAGCUGAUCAACAGCGUGUCCAGGCACGAGUACAGCUUCGUGAGCAGUGAACCCCUGGGUCAGGACCAGUAUAAGGAAACAUACCUGUUCGUCUACAGGAAGGACGCGGUGUCGGUCGUGGACACGUACCAGUACCCGGACCCGGAGGACGCCUUCAGUCGUGAACCUUUCGUGGUCAAGUUCUCAGCACCUGGGUCAGGUGAGACCCUAUCCGUCCCACAGGCCCCACCCGUCCCACAGGCCCCGUCCCAGUCCCUGACAUCACCUCCUCCUGCAGCUGCCGAGGAGUUAGUGUUGAUUCCGCUGCACGCGGCGCCACACCAAGCUGUGGCCGAGAUCGACGCGCUCUACGAUGUGUACCUGGACGUGAUAGACAAGUGGGGCACCGACGACAUGCUGUUUCUAGGAGACUUUAACGCCGACUGUAGCUACGUGCAGGCUCAGGACUGGCCGGCCAUCCGCCUGCGCAGCAGUGAGGUCUUCAAGUGGCUCAUCCUGGAUAGCGCUGACACCACAGUGGGCAACUCAGACUGUGCCUACGACCGCAUCGUGGUCUGCGGUGCCCACCUGCGCAGCAGCCUGAAGCCCCAGUCGGCCGCUGUACACGACUUCCAGAAGGAAUUUGGCCUGUACCAGGCUCAGGCCCUGGCCAUCAGUGACCAUUUUCCUGUGGAGGUGACCCUCAAGUCCCACUGACAGCCCUGAAGCCUGGCCAGGGCAGGCUGCUACAGACUCUGGCCACAAGAAGCAAGCCCCACAGGGCUGCAGGGUACGGUCAGCUGGGCCUGGACAAGUGAUGGGAGUACUCGGAGCCAGUUUCCCCAUUGUGAAGUGGGCUGCCACCACUACCUCAUAAGGUUGUGAGAAGCACCUCGUAGAGCACUGGGCACACAGCUGAGCUCAAUAAACAGCGAACACUCAGGCAGGACCACACACGCAUGUUGGCUCCGACGCCUUCAUGUCCUUUCUUAGGACUCAGCUCUUCUGGGACACAAACCUUGGUCCUGCAGCCCAGCAGGUCCCCAGUCCCAGCCCACUUAGGGAACAGGG